AUGACCCACCAACGACCAAAAUCCGUGCGUAAACUCAUCGAGUCCCUCGAAACCCACCGAGUCAACACCCUUACCGAGCUGUGCCGCAUCGAGCGGUUUGCCGCCUCUUGCGAUCGCGAGGAAGAUGCCCGCGCCUUCCAGGGCCCUAUGACCGCCGCUUGGGAUUACUACGUCUCCAGCAACCAGUUUCUCACCGAACUCCGCGGCCUCACCCGGGACUAUCCCAUCUGCUCGGCCAUCAUCUACGCCGCCGAGAUGAGGGUGCGCAGCGACCCGGACUCGAAUCGUAGCUGGAACCUCGCCUGGCUCCUCUUGAGAAAGAUGAUUAGCGAUGAUCUCGUUGCCAGCUAUGCGUCCAUUGAGGCGGCCAAGCCCGAAAUGUGGGGAGAUAUGAAUCCUACCGAUGACGAAAUCCAACAACUUGCCGCCUGCUUCGAGUACGAGUGGAAUCGCGCAGUCACCACCAUGCUGCGUCACUGGGCCGCGUCCCCGCGCUGGGCGCUCCUCGCUUCCGUGCAAUGCGCAUCCGUCCCCGCGUCAGAAAUCCCCAAUCUCCCGCACGACCAACACGUGGGCUGGGUAACCCCUCCCCAACAACGAGGCACGAUCAACAUCAUCUGGGAGUGCUUGUCCGUCCUCCUCAUCUGCUCCUACCAAUGCUUCCACCUCAACAUCCCCAGCUACGAAGAGAUGAAUGAUGGAUGGCACAGCGUGUACGACAUACCCUAUUGGCCGCAAAAACAUGGCCGGCGCAAGAUGUUGCGCAGGAUACGGUGGAUGGCCAUCAUCAUCGUGGCGCCCGAGGUCGGCGUAGGCUUGGCCGCGAACGAAUUCUUGAAAGCUCGUCGCACACUAAAAGAAGCGAGAAAGACCCUCGAUACCUUGGCCAAGUAUUCUGAUCGAGCCCCGGAAGACGUCUGUUGGUAUCUGAGCGAGAAUCUUACCCUGACGCAUGCAUUCUACGCCAACAUGGGCGGUUUAGCGUGGGAUAACUCCGCGUCCCGUAUGGCCCUGACCCUAGAUAACUACGUCAAGGCAAUGGCCACCUGCAGCCCCGCCGAGCGUAAGCAGUAUUUCUUUUCGAAAGCCGACGUCGAUACCUUUGCCAAAUCCGACGCGUUUGCCAAGGUAUUCGCAGUGGUGCAAUCGUCCUGGUUAGUCGUAAAAUGCAUCACCCGCUACUCUGCCGGCCUGGAGAGCGCCCAGCUCGAGCUGUGCACGGCGGCUUACGUGCUCUGCGCCAUCAUGAUGUACGCCCUGUGGUGGCAUAAGCCUUAUGGCGCGGAACACGUUUGGGUGCUACCCGAGACCGUGAUCCCGAGCGGAAUCGCAAAUAUCAAGAACUACCUCGGAAACCAAGGCCGAUGGGAGAGGAUCCCGACUAGUUCGGAAACUAUCCAGACCGGCAUGGUUCGGAUCAGCCUGGACGAGAGCGGAGGCGACGCGUCGGAUGACCGACUCACCGCGGGGCUUUUCCACGUAGUGGCGGCCGGGUUUGGGGCACUGCACCUCGUCGCCUGGAAUUGGGCGUUCCCCACGGAGAUCGCGAGGUGGCUGUGGAGGGGUUCGCUCUAG